AUGACUGUUGAUCCUAUACCUCACCUGAAGAUUGCCGUUGUAGGCGGCGGCCCUGGUGGGCUGGCGACAGCUAUUGCUUUGUCCAAGAUACCAAAUGUUGAGGUGACUAUUUACGAGCAAGCCAGUCUCUUACGCGAGGUCGGAGCUGGGAUUAGUAUUGGGCAAAAUACAUGGAACGUCUUGGAGUUACUUGGUGUUGCGGAUACUCUCAAGAGUGGUCAUGAAACAUGGACUGUUCUGAAUAUGAACGGUCGCAGUGCCGAAGAACUACUUCGUCGCGAGAAACCCCUAGUUCCCAGUAUACGAGCACCCAUCCGUACUCAGCGGACUGCACUUCAAUCGGCACUGUUGGCACACGUCAAACCCGGGGUUAUCCAAUUGUCGAAGAAGCUUACGAGUAUAGUUGACCGAGGAGAAGAAGGAGUGGAGCUGAAUUUCAGCGACGGCACAAACGUCAUGGCUGACCUUGUCGUGGGUGCUGAUGGUAUUCGCUCUGUCGUUCGGGACAGUGCUUGGCCCUCAUACGAACUCAAGUUCACUGGAACCACGAUAUGGCGUACGCUGCUCCCCUGGGACGCGGUGAAAGACUUAGAUCCGCGCUUUGAGAUCACGGGCUGGUGGCACACACCGACAACACACGUCUACUUCUCACCCGUGGGGGAGGGGCUUUGGGAGAUAGCUUGCCGGGCCUGGCAUGACCCUGCAACCCACAGUGCAAGUAAAGUCAGCUGGGGUGUACCAGUGACGAAUGAGCACGUUGAGUCGCAUUUCACUGUACGCCCUUCUUUUAGUACACUCCUGGAUACGGAUUUUGUGAGAGAAAAAACUGACAAGACAAAGGAAUACCUUCCUGAGAUUCGCGAAGCACUCGCCCGUGUCCCGACAGAUGGUUGGCGGGAGUUCGCUGCCUUUGCCGGGCCUGAGCUCUCCAAAUUAACGGCAUGGGAUUCAAAGGUCGUCCUUGUGGGAGACUCAUCACACGCCUUGUCCGGGGCGUUCGGUUCCGGUGCCGGGUUUGCCAUUGAAGAUGGCUGGGUCUUGGCACAGGCACUGUCGUACUUCCGCAACGAUAGGCGCAAGGCGCUUCACCUGUUUGAUGAGAUACGCCUCCCGUACUACGCCAGAAUGUACGCGCAUCUUGAAGAACAGUCGACACUUCGAGCAGCUAAGCUUAAAACUUUGGGAAAUCCGACAUAUGACGAAAGGGUGGCGAACAAAAUUAUAUCGGACGGUGGCAAAGAUAUGAGUUGGAUAUACGGCAAUGACAUAGGCGCUGUCUGGAAAAAGAAGGCCGAGUCAUUGCCAGCAUGA